UUCUCCAUCCAUCAUUACAUUUACAACACACCAAAGCACACCUCUAAACUACUUCCGCCAAAUCCGAUGGCUCGUUCCCUCCUUCUCUUUCUAAACAAAUCAAUCUCGACCGUCCAUCUCCACUCCCGCCACCACCAGCACUGUCUUCCUCUUAGUCCAUCCUCCCGCCUCGUAUCUCUCCGCACUCAAUCCAACCAACCCGACCUUUCGGACCUUUCCACUUCUUCCGACUCCACCACCGAUCCUUUGCUCUCCAAGCUCGAGGACGCCAUCCACCGCAUCAUCGUGCGCCGCUCCGCACCCGAUUGGCUCCCCUUUUUGCCCGGAUCUUCCUACUGGGUCCCGCCUCCCAAAUCCCAACUCUACGGUGUAGCUCAAUUGGUUGAAAAAUUGGCCAACCCGUUGACCCCCGAACAAGCUAUGUCUACUAACACUGUUCGAGGCUGGCCUUCGUCGGAUUAUUUUGUUAAAGGUGCAUCUUUAGAUCCAGUGGAAGCAGACACAAAAUCUACUAUUGUAUCUCAAUCUGAAGAUGAUGAGGGAUGAAUAAUUCCUCUUAACAUAUCUGGCAUCUGGGCACCUGUCAGAAAUGGAAACUUAUGUAGAAUCAAGAAUGGAAAGCAGAAAAAGCCUACAGUGACAGACUUGCGAGGAGCUGCAAUCCUGCAACUUGGUUAGGGAGGAUAACUUAUUUCCUAAUGGGCAUUGCCUUAUGUCAUUCCUUGUGUGGUUUGCCAUUGCAUUAUAUGUCAAACAUGUAUAGAUUUUAUAUACCCAGUUCAGCUGGUGGGUUAUCUUUCAACUGAUGAUACAUAGUUAUUUGACAUUUUUUUUUCAACUUUGUGUGUAUGUGGGGAGAUGGGUUGUUGUAAAAAUUGUCUGUUGCUGUCAUUGUGGACUCCCAUUUUCUUCAUAAACAACUGUCUCAUUGCACCUGAGAACAAAUACGUUUGCUUUGCAAUGUUGCAGAAGAAAAGUAAUCUUCAAUUCUUUUAUUUCAAACCAAAA